UCUCACGACAUCAAACAUGAUAAAUCCUUACGGGAUAAUGUCGAACUAUUUUGUUUUCAGAUUACAACGCCUAUGAUGAAACAGGGGCGACAUAUGCAAACGUUUUUUGUCUAAUGUGCAAUAAACCGUCAGGUCAUAAAAAACCACAGAAGUGUAAAAUACAAGCAAGAAGGAAGCAAGAAAUACCUAAAGUUGGACCAAGUUAUAGGUUUAUAUUUGACGUGGAAGCAGACACCACUUCUAAUGACAGAACUGAGAAAGGUUGCAGCACACUGCAAGUAUUUGACCAGUAUCUGGGAACGUGUCGGGAUCUGUUGUGUCCAUUCCAGCGUUUAGCGUACAGAGGGACCUGUAAGCAGAGACAGUUUGUGGCUAACAACCGUUUAUUUCCCGUUGUAGUAAAAGUUAAAUUAUCAAUUCCCUUCCCCAUCAGCAGCUUCAAAUCAUCUGGUGGUAGCCUGUAUGGAACUUUCCUCAAGGAACUGAACUUGACCUCCAAUACAUUUUGCCGAAUACAGAAAUCCUCAAUGGCCUCGUUUUCAAACAGUUUUCACGGCAAUGUCGAAUUUUUGUUAUUAAGUUUAGCUAUUAGAUCUUCCCCUGCCUGUAACGAGGAAUGGAUUGCUGAAUUUAUAGAUUUAAGACAAACGCCAACAAGUACACGAGUAAAUGUAGAAGGUGUUCAGGUUCCCGUCACCAUGGAGACUUCAUUACAGCAAUAUCCAGCAGAGAUACUUUAUAGGAAGACUGUACUGUUCACGUAUGGGGAAGACUGCACAGACUGUUAUACUGUAACCAUCGGAAGGCUGUUUUGCCCACAUGUAAAACUGAGCAAAUCCGAAUAUUGUUUGGUUCAGAAGAAGCUCCACGAUAGUAAUUUAUCCACAUGCCACUCUGGAACAUUGAGUGUUAACGAGAAUUUUGUAAUGGAUCAGAAUGUUGAAACUGGCAUCUCUGCUGAUAUAUUCUAUAUGUGUUGGUCUGAUUAUGAAAGAUUGGCUGGAAAAGUGAAUGACAAUAUUGUAAACGGUGGGAGUUCGGGAAGAAAUAUAUCCAGUGUGCACUUGUUCCUGUUUAUGUAUAUAUCAUUGGUGGUUCGAUACCUUGUACCAUUGUUGUGUAGUUACAGAAUAUGAAAACUAUCAAGGAAUAUAAAAUUGUACGAGUACAGUAGGAGAGGAUGGACAUAGUGAGAGGCUCGUGAAUAUUUUUUGCCCAUGAUAUUUCAUGAUUCAAAUAAAAAUAUAAUGCACUUUCCUCUUAUCACACAAAGUCUAUCGAAAGUCGUCCUUGAAACGCGGCAUUUGCGGCAGAUCAAAAUUAUUUACUCCUAAAGAAGUUCUUUUAAAUUUAAUGACACGGACCAGUUACUGUUCGUACAUGGAACACUAGGAAAGUUCUCCAAUGAUAAUAUAAUCGUAAGCUGGUGUUCAAAAGCCAGGAGCGAGAAACCUAUGGAAUAAUGUUUUAUAUGUAUUCGUGCGGCAUCGGUAAAACUAUCAUUGGCAAGAGAAAUAAAUAGAAUGAGACUUUAGGGAAGAUUGGCAAUUCAUUUGUUGAGUUGUGUAUAUACUCUUGGUACUCAUACAUAUCAAACGUCAGUGCCACCAACUGGGCACUGCGUUUGUUAUCAACAGAAAGACUUUGUUAAUAAACACACCAGUCCAAAUAUCAGUAGCUUUAUUUUACAAAUGUGUAUUGUUUGUUAUAAAAGUAAUUAUCACAUGUUUGACGUCGCGGGAGUGUAAUAAAGCCAUUAAAUAAAAAUGAUAAUACACUAGUGUAAUAAAGCUUUGACGUCGAAGUAUAUCUCAGUUGCUCCCAAGAAAUUGCGAAACAUGAAAGUUUUUUGUGCACACAACUAUCGAGUCUAUAUGAGACCAGAAUAAAACUGAAACUUUCAACAUUCACUGCUUUCGUGGAUUUUAGGAAAAGCUAUGGCUCUAUCCGUACAGGCCAUCUCUUGCAGAAGCUUAGCAAUAUGGGAGUUGAUGGCAAUAUGUUUGAAGCAGUAAAAUCUCGGUAUAAUUUAUACAUCAGCUUGUGUCAAGGCCAACUCAAGUUUGUCUGAAUUGUUCGAGGCAAAAUCUGG